CAUAGUCGAAACGCAACUCGGAUCCAUUUCUUCUCCCUUCUAUCACUGAAACUUAUUCCGAAUGGUUUGAUUAAAAGCACCCACUUGACAGUUCCCCGUUCGCUGGAAAAGACUUCUGGGCUGGACUGAUUAAAGUGUUCUCUUCAAGAAAAAGGAAAAUUCCUCGUUUAAGAAGGGGCAAAAACUUUUAGUAAACUCAAUUUCGCUUCUCAAUAGAUAGUUAAGAAACUGUUGAUUAAGCAAUUUUUUUGUGUGUGUUUGCGCGCGUAAUGUAAAAAAAAAAAAAAAAACAUCAAGAAUUUCACGCAUUAAAAACUGUGCUUGUUUGCUCAAACUUUUUGAACAUUUAGAGUGAACUUAAAUUUCUGGAAAUCCGAUCAUCGUAGUGUUGCCCCAUUAGCAAGCAGUGUCGAAGGACAGUUUGCGUGUUUACUCUAUAUAUUUAUGCUGCAAACUUAAGAAAUGACAUUUGCUCAUCUGUGAAAGGAAUACAGAUGUGAAGAUAUGCUUAUGUGAAGACGAAAAAGAUUUUAAAUUUUGCAUGCAGGAAUCAUGUGAGCAGAAUAGUUUAUGCAAUUAUGAGGAUAUUCUUUUAUUCGUCGAAUCAUAUGUUUGUGAUUUUUUUUGCUGAAUAUAUUCAUAAUGAUUCACCGAAACAGAAAAUAUAUACUUGAGACAAUCAGGAUUUACGUAAACAUUCUCCAACUGCAAAAUUAUGAACAUUCUUUGGAUAUAUUUUGGUGAUCUUUUCUACCGCAAUAAACCUAGACUCCACGUUCGUCGACAUUACGAUGCCGGUUGAAAUCCCUUGAAAAUGUGAUGCCAUUUGAUGAAACAGAUGUAAAAGAAAUGUUCUUGAGUCUUCAGUCGCUUUUAUCAGUAGAAGAAACCGACAUUAAGAAAACGAAACAAGGAUAAAAAGGAGGCAGAAUCACUAAUGAAAAGAUACUUCUGAUAACAGUCUUUUCCACCUUUCGAGUUACGCUUUUAAAAUACAGCUAUACUCUGUGUGGUGUCAGAAAUUUUCAUACGAUGCCUCACCUCCAACCUCUGGUUACGUUCUACACCUUUUUAACAGCUAUUCAAUUGACAUAUAUACAGCCAAGUGAAUCAAUCAGGGAUGCCUGUUUAAGCGAAUGCAAUUGCAAAUGGAAAAAUGGUAAGCAAACUGUUGAAUGCAUUGGUGUGAAUUUAGUAGGAAUACCUGACAGUCUAAGUGGUGAAACUCAAGUUUUAGAUCUCACUGGUAACUUGCUUCAAUUGCUUCCUAGCCGAGCUUUCUAUAAAGUUGGGUUAGUAAACCUGCAAAAAGUGUUUGCUUCUAGAUGUGGUCUACUUAGUAUAGCAGAUGAUGCAUUUUAUCAGCUAAGUAACCUUGUUGAACUAGAUCUUAGUAAUAACUUUAUUACUUGGAUACCCGCUAUUGCAUUGAGAGAUACCCCACUGCUAAGAAGAUUAUUAUUAAGUUCCAAUCCGAUCCAGCGGGUAGAAAAUGAUACAUUUUCUUUACUUUCGCAUUUAACUGCAUUGGAGUUAAGUAGCUGUCAAAUUGAAGUUGUAGAACCACGUGCAUUCGAUGGUUUGAAGAGCUUACAGUACCUCAAACUAGAUGGAAAUAAACUAAGGACGUUGCCACCAGAAAUGGUGAAUCCCUUUUCAACUCUGUAUGGUUUAGAGUUACAUCAGAACCCUUGGCAUUGUGACUGUCGCAUCAGAAGUGUAAGAAAAUGGAUGAUGAGACAUAAUAUACCUAUAAGCAGUCCUCCCCAGUGUUUUGAACCACCUCGGCUACGAGAACUUACCUGGGAUGCUGUAAGCAUCGAUGAUUUUGCUUGCAAGCCAGAGGUAACUGUAGUCGAAUCUACAGUGGCAUUUACCGAAGGAGACAAUGCUACACUGAGCUGUAGAGUACAUGCUGUACCAGAAGGUAGCGUCAACUGGAUAUGGAGAGGUCGAGUUAUUAACAACUUAACAUUAAUGUCGUUUGGGCGGCAAAUGUAUCUCAUUCGAGAAGUGGGAACAACUCUCAAAGUAAAUUCUUUGACUAUUUUUAAUGUCAUGCUCAAAGAUAGUGGUAGAUAUCUCUGUGUUGCAUCAAACCCUGCUGGGAGAAUAUCCUCAAAUAUAACACUAAAUAUUGUAUCGAAAGAUGCAAACGAUGAAGCUCUGAGUGGUGAAGAAAUUGCUGGAAUAGUAAUUGGAGUUUUAUUUGUGAUAUUUGCUUUAUUUUUUGUAUUUAGUUUCUUUAUGCUCAGACAUCAAAGACUUUUUCCAAAUAGAAGUAAAGGUAGUGGUUUUACAUUGUACACUCAUUUUUUCACCUUUAACAAUCACGUUGGGGUUGUAAAAAAUACUAAUGAAACGGAAGUAAAUGUCCCUGCUAAUAGUGGGAAUGUUUUAGAUGGAAAAUGCAAUGCUGCAACUAUUUCCCCUGGUAGUGGGUCUGAAGCCAGUGUCUAUGGGGGAACUAAAAUGAAUAGUCUAGUACCCUUAGAAAGAUACAGUGUCCAUGAAACUAUUAGUCCCCGCACUCUUUCUCCAGAAAGCACAGAAAAGUGGUAUCCACCCACUCUAAAUAGACACUCUAUUCGUGAAACCGAGAGGGGUAUUGAAAUGUGUGUCAUAUCAAAUAAGGAAAAUAACAUUAACGAUGAGUAUAAAUCUAAAAAAGAUGAACCUGAAAGUUACGAAAGGACAGAAUAUCGUCGUCCUUUAACAAAUGAUGAUGAUGAAGACGAUAUUGAUAGUACGGGACCAAUGGUAUACGAUGUUAAACCAUCAGUUAACGAUUAUUAUAUGGAUCAUGAUCUACCACCUCAUAAGUGCUCUAUUUGGCCCUUAUCUGAAGGUUCCUUUAAAGAUGAAAGCUACCACAGUUACAAUAGCCCUUCACAGUCUAGCUGGAAGAGGAACUCUGUUAUUAUUCCUCAACAAAUACACCAUAUUUUUUCACCCGAUGCCAGAGAUUCACCUGAUGAAGGUUUGGGAGAUGAAAGGGAAUAUGAAACCGACAUUUUAGAAUAAAUUAAUAUUUAUCUUCGCACAAAUAAAGGGAAAUUUCUAAUAAGCAGAAAGUCAAAGAAUGCUCCUUCUUUGAAAAUAAAGAAAAAUUGAAAUGGAUGAGGUAUUCCUAUAUGUGAUAAACGCAUGUUCAAACCAAACUUAAAAAAAUUUCCAAAUGGAACUGAGAUUCAAAGUAAUUCCAUAAUUUUUUUUGCUCUAGUAACUAAGAAACUCCAAUUAGAAAGCUAAUAAACUAUAUUUUUAAAAUCCCACAUGAUGAAUUGUACAUACAAAUUACGUUAACUAUAUAAAAAUUCUAAUAUUGUCAAAUAAAUAUAUGAUGAUAUGAUUUGCAAAUUAUGAGUGUCUCUUUGUUCGGCAUAUUACUUAAGAUUAGUAAAUAUUUAUCAUACAAAUAACAACCAAAAUUCCCUAAAUGUUUUCCACUUUCCUAGGGGAAAAAAUAUUUUAAAUGUGUUCGAACUACUACUUGUAAAUAGUAACAAGAAAAAAAAUAUUACAAAAUGAUGUAGAAAUAUCUGACAUUAUUUGAAAAAUCUACUGAAAUGACAGUCAUUAAUUGUGUCAUGAAUAGAGUUGUUGGAAAAGGAGACAGAAUAGAUCAUUCAUGAGAGAAUGGUGUUCAAAGCAUUUAUUGUGCGUGAGCUUUGGUUGAAAUGUAUUCAUGUCUUCCUGUAUUCUUACCCGAAUGAAAAUUUAGAGAACAUUAAAUUUAAAAUAUCUAUUCCGUUGUGUAACAUUCAGAAGUUUCAAAAGAAAGUUUCUGAUCUUAAGAGAAAGAAUGAGGAAAAUAUUUUACUAGAAUUCACUGGCAGCUAUUUUCCAUAGCAUUCGUCAUAGAAUUAUUAGUCGUUAUAACGUAGAUUGAAGUUUGAAAUAUGAAUGUUCAAACUCAAGUUCAGCAGAAUACUUAACUAAAUGUGCUUGCGGUCAAAUGCGCGAAAUAACCCCUAAAAUGCUCCCAAAAGCUUUAAUUUCAUUUAUGCUUAAUUUUUUUAUGAGUUUUAUUACCUAUUACAAAAUUUAAGAUUUUCCUUCAAGUUGAUUCAGUGGAAAUAAUAUAUGGGUAUAAAUGUCACACUGCUACUUUUAAUACACUGUAUUUUUACUUAAUUUAUUCUGUCUAUGUAGAUUAUUUUUGCUUUUGAACUUCCAAACUUCCCCUAUAAACUAUUUCUACGAAAAAAAUUAAGGGUUGCUCAGAUAGGAUCGAAUUUUUUAAGAGUUCUUCAACAAUGAGCAUAUUUAUACUGCUUUUCUGGAGAAUGUGCAGAGAAAAAUAUAAUAAACUGCAGCUGCUGAAUAAUCCCUUGUUCGUUUAGAAAAAUAUACCUGGUUUUGAAUAACAAAAUCUAAUCAUUAAUUUCAAUGUAUUUUGUAACUUAAGGGAUUGGACAUUAUCUGCAACUUGACACUUUUCGCAACUUCUUUGUGACAUUCUCUGUAAUUUGUACAUAUAUAUAUAUUUGUCAUAUAUAAAAUUUGAGUUUACGCUGCAUGUAUAUUCCUAUGGCACAACUGUAUAAUAAAUGAUUCUGUAUUUAUAUAUUAGCAUAUUUGUUCCCUUUAAAGUUCAGUAUGUAUAUGUUUAUUGAACUGCAUCACUUCGUAUAUGUUCAGAUGUCAUGCAUGUAACUCCUGUUCAUUUACAAUAUAACAUGUAUAAGAAUUGUUAUUUCAAAGCGUAAUGUUGUU